GUAAACAAAAGUGCCUCGCGAGACGUUCUGCAAAAAUGCCGAAAAUAUUCACCCCUACUAACCAAAUCCGCCUUACGAAUGUGGCUGUCGUACGUAUGAAAAAGGGUGGCAAGCGAUUCGAAGUGGCUUGCUACAAAAAUAAAGUACUUUCGUGGCGCAACGGCACCGAAAAGGAUCUCGACGAAGUGUUGCAGACAGUCGCUGUUUUCAACAACGUUUCCAAAGGAGAGGUGGCGAAGAAGGAAGAGCUGCAGAAGGCAUUCGGGACGGACAAUGUGACCGAAAUUUGUAGAGAAAUUUUAGCCAAAGGCGAGCUGCAGGUUUCAGAAAAGGAGCGCCAGGACCAGUUGGAAUCGAUGUUUAAAGAGAUCGCUACUAAUGUUGCCGACAAGUGCGUUAAUCCAGAGACGAAACGUCCCUAUCCGGUUUCAAUAAUUGAAAAAUCUAUGAAGGACAUCCACUACUCCAUAAAACCUCAUCGCAAUGCCAAACAACAAGCGCUUGAUGUGAUUCGUCUGCUCAAAGAGUCGAUCCCACUGGAACGUGCAAAAAUGCGUUUGAAGCUGACGCUACCGGCGAAGGACGCCAAACGGUUCAAGGAACGCAUAGCAAGAGUUAGUUCAACGGCCACGGAGAGCGAAAAAUGGGAAAGCGAACGACUAGUGCUAACAUGCCUUAUUGAUCCGGGUAGCUAUCGUGAAAUGGACGACAUUAUGCGGAUCGAAUUGAAAGGGGCUGGAGCGCUGGAAGUGUUGAACUUGAAGGAAAUCAAAGAAGGCGAAGAAGUCCUGGAAUAAUCUACCGUAUACGGCGCAUGAAAGCUUUACGAAACAUAAUUUGAAUGAAUUUGUUAAAUAAAUAUUGAUUUGUUGACGAAAAUGAUCAUGCCAUUACAUUGGACGCUAGAAGCAGGGGGAAAAUUAAGAAAUAAGCUCCAAAAGCUGAUUGAAGACAAUUCUACAAUUCUGGAUAUUAAUUAACUAACUAUAGGCCCAUAGGUUUGUUCCGUACUUAAGAAGGAACUGUUGCAUGCAUUCAAGGCUACGAAGUGUUUAUUUUUAAUGUGUUUUGCCGUUAUAAUACCACACACUUUGCUACUAUUGUUGCGUUAAUGGGAAAACUUGUGCAGUAAAUGAGUGUACAUUUUUGUGUACACACGCAGUUUCAACCAAUC